CUUCAGGAUUUAGGCAGGAGCCCACUCUAAUACACACCCAGGACAUCAGGGAGGGUUGGAAGAGAAGAAAAAAGUUUUUGAGACUGUGCUGUGUGAAGAAGAACCGAGGAGGCCAGAGGAGCCCUCCGACACCCGAGUUUAAGGAAAUACUACAAAGUAGCACAGCGGAUAUAGACAGAAACUGAGGAUUUGUGUGAACUUCUGUGCAAACAUGUCAACUUCAGAUGAAGCAGACGGGCUGCGGCCACGAUAUGGCUCUGUGCUGGAUGGCGUGGAGCGGCUCACGGCCGAGGAGAUGGAUGAGCGCCGACAGCAGAACAUGGCCUACGAGUACCUGUGCCAUCUGGAAGAGGCCAAACGCUGGAUGGAGGCCUGUUUGGAUGAGGAGCUUCCCCCCACCACCGAACUGGAGGAAGGCCUGCGAAAUGGCGUCUACCUAGCAAAGCUCGGCAACUUCUUCGCCCCACACGUCGUCUCCUUGAAGAGGAUCUAUGACCGUGAACAGACACGCUACAAGGCAACUGGGCUCCACUUCAGACACACAGACAAUGUGAUCCAGUGGCUGAACGCUAUGGCUGAUAAAGGCCUUCCCAAGAUUUUCUAUCCUGAGACUACAGAUAUCUACGACAGGAAGAACAUGCCACGCUGCAUCUACUGCAUCCAUGCACUCAGCCUCUACCUGUUCAAGCUUGGCUUAGCCCCGCAGAUCACAGACCUGUACGGCAAAGUGGCCUUCACAGAGGAGGAGAUUAACAACAUGAAGAUCGAGCUGGAGAAGUACAACAUUCAGAUGCCGGCUUUUAGCAAAAUUGGCGGGAUCCUGGCUAACGAGUUAUCUGUUGAUGAGGCAGCUUUGCACGCUGCAGUGAUUGCCAUCAAUGAUGCCAUUGACCAUGGAGACCCUGCAGGCACUAUGGCAGCAAUGAGGAACCCCAACGCCAUGCUGCUUAAUCUGGACGAGAGCGCCGCCCAGCACUACCAAGACACGCUGUUCCAGGCCAAAGCUGAGAAAGUGGCCAACUCCAGGAAGAGGAUCGGGGAGAACGUGGACGCAGAAAGGGAUGUCUAUGAAGAGCUGCUCACCCAGGCUGAAAUUCAGGGCAACAUCAACAAAGUUAACUUGUCCAAUUCCCUGACUUCAGUGGAUCAGGCGCUAUUCGGUGGCGAUGAGGACAAGCUCUACCAGGCGCUUUCAUCCCCAGCGUUGGGUCUGCAGUCCCUCAAGCCAAAGAACAAAGGCUGGUACCUGAAACAGCUGGUGGCAGACCGAGACGUUAAGGAGCAGAACACCCCAGGAGAGUCACUGACCAAAGAAGAGCUGCAGAACGGCGUGGAUGCAGCCAAUAGUGUUGCAGAAGGCUAUCAGAGAAUGCUUCAGGCUGUAGAGCGGAUAAAUGCUGCCAUCAGGAAGGGUGUUGCUGAGGACACGGUGAAUGAGCUAAUGAAUCCAGACGCUCAGCUCCCAACCGUCUAUCCCAGAGCCGCCGAGCUCUACCAGAGAGAACUCUUCAGCCUGCAGCAGCAAAGCCCAGAGGGCUCGCUCACACACCCGGAACUGCUGGUUGCAGUAGAGAUGCUGUCGUCGGUGGUGCUGAUAAACGAGGCUCUGGAUGUGGGAGACAGAGGUGCUGUGUGGAAACAGCUGAGCAGCCCUGUUACAGGCCUCAGCAAUGUGGAGGGAGAGUAUACACAGAGGUACAUGGACGAGUUGAUGCGCCUGAAGGCUGCAGCGCGAGAAGAAGGCAGCGAGUAUCUGACGUGGAAUGACAUCCAGGCGUGCGUGGAUCAGGUCAACAGCACUAUUCAGGAGGAGCACGAGAGAAUCGUUGCUAUUGGUCUGAUCAAUGAGGCUCUCCAUGAAGGAGACGCAAAGAAGACUCUGGAGGCCCUGCAGCAGCCGGCGGCCAAGCUGACAGAUGUGGAUCCAUCAAUAGCUCAGCAUUAUUUCGACAAACUCCUGGAGGCACGGAGAGAGAAAGCUCACGAGACUCAGGAUCCAUCAGCAGUUCUCUGGCUGGAUGAAAUCCAGGAGGCCAUCUUCCAAGCUAACAAAGACACUGAAGAGGCCCUGCAGUUCUCUCAGGCAAUCCAAGCCAUUAAUGAGGCAGUAGACAGUGGGGAUGCGACCCAGACGCUGGCAGCUCUGCGCACACCUGGAGCUAGUCUGUAUGGCGUGACCCCAGAGUGCGGCCAGACAUAUCAGGAUGACCUGACUAAGAUCAAGAACGAGAAAAAGAAGGAGGGUGAUAAUGGUAGUGAGUGGAUGCAGCACUGGGUAAAGGGAGGCUACAACUACUACUACAACCUGAAGACUGGAGAGGGCACAUGGGACGAGCCUGCAGGAUUUAUGCAGAACAAUACCCACCUGAACAAAGAUGAGAUCCAGUCUGUCGUAUCAGGAGUGACUGCAGCCUACAACCGUGAGCAGUUGUGGUUGGCUAAUGAGAGUCUGAUAGCUAAACUGCAAGCACGUUGCCGAGGUUUCCUGGUGAGACGAAACAUGAAAGAACGUAUCAAGUUCCUGCAGUCCCAGGAUCCAGCCAUCAAACGCAUCCAGGCCCACUGGAAGGGUUACAAAGAAAGAAAGGCCUUCAAUGAAAGAAAGCAGUACUUGAAGGAUCAUACAGGGGAUGCUGUUAAGAUCCAGUCAAUGGUCAGGAUGCAUCAAGCUCGCAAAAAGUACAGAGAUCGCCUACAGUAUUUCAAAGACCAUAUUAAUGAAGUGGUGAAAAUUCAGGCUUUUAUCCGGGCCAACAAAGCAAGAGAUGACUACAAGACACUCAUCAACGCAGACGAUCCUCCGAUGGCGGUUGUGCGUAAAUUCGUGCAUCUGCUGGACCACAGUGACCAGGACUUCCAGGAAGAGUUGGACCUGAUGCGUCUGAGGGAGGAGGUGAUCACCAACAUCCGCUCCAACCAGCAGCUGGAGAAUGACCUCAACCUGAUGGACAUCAAGAUCGGUCUUCUUGUGAAGAACAAGAUCACCCUUCAGGAGGUCGUCUCGCACAGCAAGAAGCUCACCAAGAAGAACAAGGGCGAGCUGUCCAACCUCAUGAUGAUGAACAAGCAGAAGGGAGGCCUGAAGGCUCUCAGCAAAGAAAAGCGAGACAAGCUAGAAGCCUAUCAGUACCUUUUCUACCUUCUGCAGACUAAUCCCACCUACCUGGCCAAGCUGAUCUUCCAGAUGCCCCAGAACAAGUCCACUAAAUUCAUGGACUCUGUGAUUUUCACACUAUACAACUAUGCGUCCAACCAGCGUGAAGAGUACCUGCUGCUCAAACUCUUCAAAACAGCACUGCAAGAGGAAAUUAAAUCAAAAGUGGACCAGAUCCAGGAGAUUGUAACUGGAAACCCCACUGUCAUCAAAAUGGUGGUGAGCUUCAACAGAGGAGCUCGUGGUCAGAACGCUCUGAGGCAGAUCCUGUCUCCGGUCGUAAAAGAAAUCAUGGAUGACAAGACGCUGAACAUCAAAACUGACCCAGUGGAUAUUUACAAGGCCUGGGUGAACCAGAUGGAGUCUCAGACUGGAGAGGCCAGCAAGCUGCCUUAUGAUGUCACACCAGAGCAAGCCAUGAGCCACGAAGAAGUUCGAAACCGCCUGGAAGCCUCCAUUAAGAACAUGCGGACAGUGACAGAUAAAUUCCUGUCAGCCAUCAUAGUUUCUGUUGACAAAAUCCCCUACGGAAUGCGUUUCAUUGCCAAAGUGCUGAAGGAUACACUUAAUGAAAAGUUCCCCGAUGCCACAGAGGAUGAACUUUUGAAGAUUGUUGGAAACCUGCUGUACUAUCGCUAUAUGAAUCCUGCCAUUGUGGCUCCUGAUGCCUUUGACAUCAUUGACAUGUCAGCUGGAGGUCAGCUGACCACUGAUCAGCGGCGAAACCUGGGCUCCAUCGCCAAAAUGCUGCAACACGCUGCCUCAAACAAGAUGUUUCUCGGCGACAAUGCCCAUCUUAACCCCAUCAACGAGUACCUUACCAACUCCUACCAGAAAUUCAGACGUUUCUUCUUGGCAGCUUGUGACGUCCCAUCACUGGAGGAUAAAUUUAACGUGGAUCAGUACUCGGACCUGAUCACUGUGGCCAAACCCGUUAUUUAUAUCUCAAUCGGCGAGAUCAUCAAUACACACACGCUCUUACUAGAUCACCAGGACGCCAUUGCUCCCGAGCACAAUGAUCCCAUUCAUGAGCUGCUGGAAGAUUUGGGAGAGGUGCCAACCAUCGAGUCUCUGAUAGGAGAGAAUCCACUGCCGCCUGAUGACCCCAACAAGGAAAUGAUGGGCAAGACGGAAGUCUCUCUCACCCUUACCAACAAAUUUGAUGUCCCUGGUGAAGCCAAUGCUGAAACCGAUGCCAAGACCCUCCUUCUGAACACCAAGAGGCUCAUUGUUGAUGUGAUCCGAUUCCAACCAGGAGAAACGCUAUCCGAAAUCCUGGACACUGCAGCAACCCAGGAGCAGGAGGUGGAGUAUCAGCGGGCAAUGCAGCGACGAGCCAUCCGUGACGCCAAGACACCGGAAAAGAUGAAGCAGGCCAAACCGGUGGUGGAUGACAGUCUCACACUGCAAGGCAAAAAGGACAAGAUUAAGAGCAACCUGCAGAGGCUGGCAGAGCUGGGGAAAGUACAACCAGAGAACCGAUACCAGGAUCUUAUCAAUGACAUUGCUAAGGAUAUUAGAAAUCAGAGGAGGUAUCGACAGAGAAGGAAGGCCGAGUUGGUGAAGCUUCAGCAGACCAACACCGCCCUUAACACAAAGACCAGUUUCUACAACGUACAAAUCGACUACUACAACCAGUACAUCAAGACCUGCAUGGACAAUCUAGCCAGCAAGGGCAAAGUGUCAAAGAAGCCUGGAGAAAACAAGACUAAGAAGAGCAAGCAGGCUUCACAGAAAUACACGGCAGCACGUCUGCAUGAGAAGGGAGUGCUGAUCGAGAUCGAGGAUCUGCAAACCAAUCAGUUCAAGAAUGUCAUUUUUGAGAUUUCUCCAUCUGAGGUUGUGGGAGUGUUUGAUAUAAAAGCCAAGUUCAUGGGAGUCCAUUUGGAGACGCUAAUGUUAGAAUACCAGGAUCUUCUGCAGUUACAGUAUGAGGGCGUGGCCGUCAUGAAGCUUUUUGACCGAGCCACUGUCAACGUCAACCUGCUCAUUUUCCUGCUUAAUAAGAAAUUCUAUGGCAAAUAAAAGAAGGGAAGGGCUUUAUAGACUGUUACAUACAAAACUAUGCCCAUAGCAGAUGAUACCUGCCCCUGCGGUCCUGUUAUCCACCUGCACUACUCUGAAUAUUCCUCUCUCUCAAGAAAUGUGUCAGUUGAAAUGAGAGUACCAUUCUUCAAUGCCUAGAAAUGUUUUUCAUUGUUUUGAAAUGGUCAAUGGUAAAAUGUAUCUGCAUUAGUUAGACUUGCUCUGCAGAAAAUUGUGCUUGCACAAGCUUUGAAUACCUGUAAUAUGUAAAGAGAAUGAUGUGUUUGUUUUUUUUUUGCUACCUUUAAAUUUUGUUCCUCGGGAGGACAGAGCAUGUUUCUGAGUAUGCCUUAUUAUGUCAUAUAGGAAGUAUGCAGCCAAAAUGAUAUUUAUCACAGCAAUGCUCGUCAUCUGCCUUACUCAGAGUUUUGGAAUUUAAACCUGGAUUGUAUUAUCUUGUCACAAAUUGUAAUUUAUUGGAAAAGAUAUCUAUCUAUCCCCUCCCAGCUAUCAGAUGCUGUAUGAAUUUUAGGUUUAUGUCCUUUUUUGUUUCUUAGCAUUCUUUUUUUUUCUAAAUUUGUUUUUUAUACUGCCUUAACUUGAAUAAACUGUUGGGUAUAAAGUGCUCAUAUAUUAGCAAUCUUAA